AUGUUACAAAACGACAAACUGAUAUCACUGCCGGUAUUUCUUGCCACAAAGGAACAGUUGUGUCCCGUUGUGGUAUCACCGCCACUGAACGAAGCAUUUGGUGAUACUUUAGCCAGUUUCACUCGUGUGGAGGAAUGGCCAUGGCAGCUGCAUACGAAUCACGGAUGUCAGGCAUUUAAAAAGAUUGCAGGAGAAGAACCCAUGAUCGCUCAAGAAGAAUUCGAAUACCCGCUCGCGUUCUCGUUCAAUAUACACACGGGUUUCACACAAUUUGCUCGCCUUCUCAGAGCUGUUUUCCGGAAGCAUAACGCAUACUGUAUCCAUGUUGAUCGAAAAUCGGAAAUGGCAUUUAGAAAUCAAGUGAGAAUUCUGGCCAAAUGUUUUGGCAACAAUGUGUACGUUAUCCCAGAGCAAGAGAGUUACAGCAUCCAUUGGGGUGACUUUGGACCAUUAGAAGCUUGGAUUCUGUGUGCGAAGCACUUUUUACAGUUAUCUUCAGUUCGUUGGAAAUACAUGCUCAAUGGGAGUGGUCAAGAAUUUCCUCUGAGAACCAACUGGGAAUUGGUGAAAGCACUGAAGGCUCUAAACGGAUCCAACAUAAUCGAGUCUGAUUACCCUCAUUCAGGAAGAUCCAGGGCGCCGUACCAAGAACUUUCGUUUAAGAUCACGUGGUUCAAAGGGAGUGUCUACACCGCACUUCGACGGGACAUGGUACGAUUUGCACUGACGAGCAAAUAUGCUAGGGAAAUUUUACACGCCAUUCGAUCGGAGACAGAUAAACGAAGAUUACAAGAUGAAAUAUUUUUCCCCACGCUGGCCUAUAAUCCACAGUUCAAUGCACCCGGUGGCUGCCCCAAGGUUCAUCGACCAAAUGAAUCUGAUCCCCGAUCCAUGUUCGUUGGUCGUUAUGUUGAGUGGUACACGACAUGUUUGAGUAAAAAGUCGCGACGUGCCGUCUGCAUCAUGGGCGUUAAAAACAUACCAAAACUGACCAGACGGCAAGAGUUUUUUGUCAACAAAUUCAUUUACGACUUUCAACCGUUGGCCUACGACUGUCUGGAAUGGUGGCUGUUCACAAAAGUCAGUCAUGAACGGGAAUUUGGUCAAACUGUGAUCGAUUUCGAUCCAUCGUUUUACAGUAAAUUGUACUGUUCUACUGAACAUCUAUAA